GUAUAAAUGGAUCGGCAACAUUUUCACAAGAGUAGCCUUCUGCAUACGUCAGUUUUAAGACUAUUAUGGCGCCGUUAAACGAUGUAGAUUUCCAUUGGUUGGUGCCAACAGAAAAAGCUGUAUCGGAUUAUUCUUCUGUAAAUAGUUCCAGUGGACGAAGCUCGAAUUGGGGAUUUGUAAAGACAAAAGAGUUAUAUAGAUGUAAAUUGAGUACGGAGUCAGAUUUGAGCAGGCUAAUUUCAAGGAAAAUGUCGAGAAAUUCAGGCUUCAAUUCGAGAUCAUCGACGAAUUUGUAUUCCCUCUCCAGGCAACUUGCAUCCAUAGAAGUCGAUGAGAAGCAAAAAGACGGAGCUUCGGAUUUCAGCACUCAAAAUAACGCUGACAGGUCUUCACAAUUGAAACAGCGUAGUGUAUCUCAGUCGGAACUGCUUUCGAGGCGUCUAGCGGGGCUGAGCGAUGGUGACGAAAAAGGGUCAAGUAAGUCCCUCCGUCCUAGAAGGAAGCCUACACGCAUCAUCAGAAGUGGAUCCUCCCUGUCUCAACACAGCGCAUCAUCAUUUCUUGACGACUCACCUAUUCCAAAGCAGCACCUUAAUACUCUGCAAUUUGCCUUUAACUCGGAAACCGAAGCUCCCAAUUCUAUUUCUGCCUUGCCUGGAGUCGAUUCUAAGCCAACUUCGUUAAGUCAUCACAACAUCGCCUCUGUGCGACGUCUUGAGCAUAAAGACCUAGGAGAUACAGUGUCCUUGAGAAGUGAGGUCUCGAGUGGUUCGAAUAGAGAGGCGAAGCGAGACUGGUACAAGCAAAUGUUCAAGUCUAUGAACCCAGACAACAACAGAGCUGAAUUAGAUUGGGCUGACAAAAUUCUCGACCCCAACAACCGACAGUUCCACGACAGCAGUAUAGUAGAAUCAGAUCCUUAUGCGAAUCUAGACAGAUCUCAUACCAGCUACAGUACUUUGCCAUUGAGUCUAUCAAGAACGAGAAACAAGAGCGAACAAAAUCCCUUGGAGGAGCAAUUUGAAGCACCCAGAAACAACAUGUAUAAAUCUGCUAACCAGUCUGAAUUCAGCAAUACGCGUCGUCCCCGUUCACAAACCAGAAUGCACAAUGAACACAUUUCCUACCUUGAACCAACUGAUUUUGCACUGAGGAGCCCGCUUCAAGGUGGUAAUUUGAACCAACCUGACCUUUUAAGCAUGAACACUACACCACAUGCAUCUGAUCAAAUAAAUGCGGAGGGUAGGCCAUCGUCGAGUAAUUCACAAGCAGCUACUCGUUAUCGACGUGACAAACCGAGGCGCGCGGACGAGUUCAAACAAAUUCGAAGUUUUUUCGACAAUUUGGGACAAGGAAAUGAAAACGGCGAUGGAGGACCGGCACAGCACAUAAGAACACAGAGUUUAGAUCGAGCAAAGUCGAGUAAUAAAGCAAAGUUUCUGAGUCAGUCAAGACAGAGGUUCCCAGAAGGAAAGGACAGCACUGAUUUCCCGAGAUCGGGAGGUCUGGGACGGAACUCAGUUAAAGGAAACAGUCGUUGGCAAUUGAGCUCAUUCGAUGAGAAUUUCGUGGCUCGUAAUCAGUACAGGUACACAAUUCGGGAGCCGAAAAAUCUGAAACCGCCUCGACCAGAGUUACCGCCUUCGGCUGCAAUUGAUACGGAUUUCAUUGUCAGGAAUUCGAGGUUCAGAAAUACGAGUGGCGGAGAUUACCCACAGCCCCGUGAAAAUAAUGAGAACAAUAAAUCUGGAAUUUCUUCUGACUUGCUUCUGGACGAGACAUUCAGGGCUAUUUUUGACCAGAAAAAUGAGGAAUUUUCUCGUUCGAAUGAGAACUUAAUUGAUACACGCGUGCAAAAUGAGCCAGCAAAGGCAGUGUCAACUUACAAAUUGAGUCUGAAAUCACCUGAUUCGAGUAAUGAAAAACCGCCUGGCUUCGAUUCGAGAAAAAUGAAUAUGCCGAUUAACAAUAGAUUCAUUGACUCUGAAUCAGACGAUGACGUUUCGCUUCAGUCGCAAAUCGAGAAUCACAGCAGAGUAAAACCGAAUAACUUUGCUAGUAGCCCGAGUAAUGUUAUUCAUAACCCGAAUAUGAGAGCCAAUUUAGAACAGACGCUUCAAAAUUGCAACGGGAAAAUCAACGGAAAUCAUAAAGGCUUAUAUGGAUCUACGGGGUCUCUGAAAAGCGCACCGAUACCUUUCCAGAAGAACAAUAAUGAUUUAAUCCAAUUGGAGGAUAGUUUCACUCCUGCUAUUCCAAGAAAUGAGGAAAGAGGACAUGAGAGUAGGAAGCCUAGAGACAAAAGUCCGUUAGUCAAGAGUGGAAUUGACCUUUGGGAAACUCGAAUCGAGACGGUCGAGGUCGAAAAAGUGCAACGCGAGCGAGAAGAUUUGAAGGGUAAGAAAAGUGUCUCGCCUUUUGAAACUGAAGUGCAAAGAUUUGAACCUAGAAUUCGGUCGAGAUCAGAAAAUCCCCUGAACAUGGUAAAUAAUGUUCUGCAAGAUGGCAUUCUUUCGCCUCCUCCAGGGAGUAAUAAAUCGAGCUUGAAAGAAUCCGAAGCGGAUCCAAACGAGUACAAUUUUUCGAUGAGUGCAAAAUUCGCAGCUGUAAAUUCCAUACCACAGCCGUAUAAUAGGCAAAAAAUUGGAGGCGUGCCUUUUGAACCGUCGUCCAAGUUUAGACCAUCUCACGUGAAACCAAUACAGACUUCAGAACGCAAUGAGAUACAAGAUUUCAAACUCGGAUCGAACCCCUCUUUGGUGCAAUAUGAUGAAAAAAUGGUUACUGAAACACAGACGAGCGAAGCGUCUCGUGCGUUUGAUCUGCCGGUCAAAGUUUACGAUGAUUUUGCAGAAGAUCAUUUGGCCACUGUGCAAAACGAAGUGACAGAGAAGUUUAUUUAUUUCCCGCAUACGAAAAAAUUGAUCAAAGUCAGUCCAGAAGACGAAACUGAAAGUUACUUGAAACAGGUGAAUUUGGCCCACAGAGAUGUAGGAUAUUUUAUAACUCUCAAAAAACAAGUGACGGAAGAUAGACUCACUAAAAUUGAGGCAAUAAGUGAUCGCACUCAAGAGAAUGCGAAGAUUAAAGACGACGUGAGAGAUUUAGCGAGAAGUCUGCAUGAUCGAACGGCGAACAAUGAGCGGGAUGCGAAUCAGAAAGAGAGUUCACUUCAGCGUGGAAGCAGUGCAGCUGAUAAGUUCACAAAAAUGGAUCGAGCUUGGAACAAAGCCGCUGAUGAUCAGCCGACGGUUAAUUUGUUCGGUGCGAAUCAACAAAGUUCGCCCUUUGACAAUUUUUCGAAUAAAUUGAAAGGUCACAUAUUGGACAACAAGAAGCCCAACAAAGCGCAAGAAACUGAGAUAGGCAGAGAUUUUCCAAUGUCGCCAACGGAAUCUCCAGCGUAUUUUCCAAACGCAAGAAGUCCGAUGAAUGAACCAUUUGCGUAUCGUGAUGACAAAAUGAACCAUGGAGAUAAUCAUAUAUACAACAGAAGAUUUAAAAAGAAUGACAGCAAUACAUACAGAAAUGUCGGAUUAGUUCAACCGAUGCCUGGCAACCGCUCCAUCAGCGUUGACGCUUUGAAUUUCGGUGGUAUGGGAUCUGAAAAUACAGGGAGAGUUCCGCUUAAUCAAAGCAACCAGCAAUUGUCGGAGAAAAAUCGAAGUCGUAUGUCACUCAUGUCGCAUGGAGGUGAAAUGUACGACAAUCAGUUUCCAGAAGGACAGCGCGUGUUCCAAUCGGCAUCUCCGACUGUUAUGGAUGUUAAAAAUGUAAAAAAUACACAAGGGCAGCCAGAAGGCAGAAGUGGUUCUUUCAACCAGCAGAAUCAGUUUGAUCACGUGCCGAUGGUAGGUGCAAAGGGAAACGUUCAUGCUGAAAUCGGAAGCGACUUCAACCCGAAAGAGGGGGACAGUGGCGUUGAUUUGGAUUAUUACAGUCCGAAUUCAGAUGAUAUUAAGUACCCUGUGCAGUCCAAACACGAUGACGGACUCCUUGAUCCUAACUCGGGACACCCUCAAGACACUCAGAUGUCAAGGCACUCGCCACAUAUGGAUCAUCAGCCAGUAGAAAACGAGUUUCAACAGGAUAACGGGGGAUUCGGAGGUGGCGAUGUGCCACUUCACAUUCCGAAGAACGAAACAGCGCAAAGCAAAGAAGGCUCCAAGCCCAUCAAAAAAUACUACGACGAGGAGUCGGUUUCUGAGACAACCUGCUGUGGACCCAAGAAGAUCUUCAAAAAAAGAUCAAAAAGCAGAGACGACGCUCUUUCAAAAACAGCGUCAGAACCAUCGCCAUCACUUAGCAACGGUAAUCGCAAAAAUGCGCCUCGAGGGAAUAAUAAACCCAAAGAAGAGCAAGUUCACAGCACAGCUGACAAUAACUUCAAAUCUUCGUUUUCGCAUCAAGUCAAUCCGCCCUUGAAGAAGGAGCGAGAAGAACAAGAGCCGAUCUACGCAACUGUGAUACACUCUUUUAGAGCUCAGGCAGAUUAUGAGCUGGAGGUGAAGAAAACUGAUACAGUGAUGAUUAAAAAGGAAAUAGACGCCAAUUGGUUCGAGGUUCGGGCGAAUGGCCGCGUUGGCUUAGUUCCGAAAGCAAACCUACGUAUCAUUCAGAACAAUACGGCACAAAAUAGUCAAAAUGCGCCCAAUAGUACAGAUAACAGCUCUUUGCCGAGGUCGAAAACGAACCCCAGCUUAAACUCGGAGUUUACUGAGGGUCGCAGUCGUCGAGAUAUGCACGAUCCGAAGUUUCAAGGGAAUCAGAGUGAGCAACAGGGAAGCAGUGUCAAUGCGCCCAAUCGAAGCGAAUCGAAUAGCAUGAAGCCGUUGAGUGUCGAGGUAUCUGGAGGUGUGAUUCAAGCUCAACACGAGAAGCAAGUCUCAAAUUCAUUAUCACAAAAGAAGCCGGGCGAAAUUGUGGAAGGCGAUAAAGUGGUUGCGAAGUACGCCUUUUCAGCACAGAGUGCAAACGAGUUGGAUCUCAAAAAGAGGGACGUGGUCACGGUUACUAAAAAAGUGGACGAAAACUGGUUGGAAGGCAUGCUAGGCAGUCGCAGUGGAAUAUUCCCAGCUACUUAUGUGCAGAAAGUGUCGCCACAGUCACAACCUGAAAUGCUCAGAGGCCCUGUUUCCUCAAAGAUGGCUGGUUUUGAUAACAUGCCUGCAUCUAAAAUGCCACAAAGUGGAGGUCAAGAUUUUGGUCCGAGGAACAUAGUCAAUGCAGAAUCCACGUAUCAGAACCCUGUAAAAAAGAACUUGGGAGGUAGUGCAGUCAUUUCAGAGAUGUUUCCAACAGUGGGAAGAGCACAGGAGCAGGAAGGAGGAACCACAAAAGUGCAUCAUAGUCCACUGGGCGAUUCAAGCCAGUGGCAGCAACACAACUACAGUAGUUUGAAAAAGUGGCCUGAACAGAACUUAGCGGAACAUAACCAGGCGCGAUCUCCAGUUGGAAUGGGAAUGGGGUCGAAUUCAGCUCUGAAUGCAACAAACCUCACCGUCAAUACCAGCGCUACCUCGGAAUCUGGACACCAUGGGGAGUCCCUGGAUCGUGAAGAAGCCCGACGUCAAGAAGAACCCUACCGUGUGAAGUUCCGCUACGACCCAUCCAGCCACGACGAACUGGCCCUAGAAGAGGGAGAAAUAGUGUUUGUAACAGAGAAGUGUGACGACGGCUGGUUCAUCGGAUACCCACAGAAGAAUAAGCUUCUCUGUGGCGCAUUUCCAGGAAAUUACGUCGUGAAAAUAAGUUGAAUUGUUAUUGUAAUUUUGUAUCAAAAAACCUACCCAGAAAUUGAUUCGAAUCUUCGAGAAAGUUCAUAUCAUAUUUGCAGUAUUAAAACUUUUUAAAAAGUUACAACCAGCGAUGUUAAAUUUUCUGAAACCCUACAUUUUCUUCGCUUGUAUUCUUCGCUUGUGCUCUAAGAUGGCACGCCGCAUAAAACUGUUAGGAUAUAUUGAUAUCAUUUUAUAUUAGUUCGUUACUGAACAAGAAAUGGGAAGGUUUCUUUCUUUGCAGUUUCAGAUUAAGAAAUCUUCGACCAAGUGCUGAAAAGAAAAUGUCAUUUUCUUUAACUGGAUUCUUACAUUCUAUCGUUGCAGUUCUAUCUUUCAUUACAUAUCGCAUAUGCUCACUUAAUGUUCCAAUUGACAAAGCGGAGCCAUUUUUCUACAUAUCAACAUUGGAUUCCAGAAGUUUCUUCUGGACUUGUAUCAUUUAAGGGUUGUUUAGAAAGGAAUUAAUAGAAAUAAAAACGUUCAAAUUGUGAAUAGAAAUAAUUGUUUCAUGAAUUGUAAAUUAUAUAGAUUUAUUCAAGUCAUUCACCUAAGUAAUUGCGCAACAGAGCGAAUAAAUUUAUUUUUCCCUUUCUG